AUGGCACCAGUCGAGGGGUGCCUGACGUCCGCGGAGGGAUCUCCAUCCUGGGAGAACGUGCAGAAGCAGGCCGAGCAGCUCCGAGACCGGUACGCUGCAGCGGCGGCGGCCCAGGCGGCUGCCGCAGCAGCCGACGGGGCCUCCGCGGUUGCCUCCGCGUCAGACGGCCAGGCACUGCAGCAGGCUCAGAUCCAGCGACAAGCGGUUGCCGAACAGGCUGAGAGGCGCGACAGCGAGCUGCGGGAGGCCUUGCAGCAGAUGAGGGAGCUAUCGCGGGAAUGCGAACAGCUGAAGUUCCGCCUCUCCCUCGAGCGGGAGGCCCAGGGGACCGAGCGCAGGAGGAUGGCGGACCACAGCGAGACGUUGCGCCAGGAGCUGCGCCUGGAGGAGGCCCGGGUCGAGCGCGCCAGCGUGGAGCUGCGCAGGCUGCGCGAGGAGGUGAUUCAGCAGGAAGGCGUGCCCGUCCACCAGGCGGAGCGCGCGCGGAACUUGCUCGACUCCAUCGACCGGGCUAAGGUCUUGCGCGCCGUCGGCUGUGACGACAGGCAGACUGGGCCACAGGCUGUGAAGACGCAGCCUUCCGCCAUCUGCGCCACAGACGCCGAGCCUGCGCAGGACCCGAGCGGUCAGAUCCUGCCGGUCGCGCCGGCUCCGGCUUCGUUGCGGCAGCGCCCCGUCCCGGUCAUCGAGCCGGUGGCACUACCAGGGGCUGCAGCCGACGGAGCUGGGGCCCAGCCGUUGUGGGACGACGCGCGCGGUGCACUGGAGCGCUUGCGCAGCCAGUUUCAGGUGGCGGCCCAGCAGGCACGAGCAGCUGUCGCUGCUACUUGACCUGGCGAUGCCGCCGUAAUUCGACGCGCGGCGACCUCUCAGCUGCUGGUCCUUCGUUUCCUCUUGC